AUGUACUUCUUAAGUGAAUCACGUUGUGGCAAAGAUAUAAUCAAACUACCUCAUCUUGAAAUGAUAUCUCUCCGUGCAAUGCCAUGGAACUUUAUCAAACAUUAUCUACCAGAUAAAGAUAAAGUAUUGGUUAAAAGAAGAUGGUAUAUUAUUAGUAAAUAUUGUUGUCAUCCAAAUGCAACAUUGUCAACACUCCAACAUCUAUUGGAAUGGUCACCAGAUUAUGACCCUCAAGAUCAAUUCGAGAGUGUUCAUCGAUAUUUAAUUUACAAUGUUGCAUCUAAAGGACAUAGAGAUAUAUUGGAAUUUCUUUUAAAAAGAUAUCCAAAUAUCAACAUUGGUUCUAAAAUCAACACUAUUACCACCACCACCGUUACACCAAAUCAACAAGAUGAAAUUAUUGAUAUUGCUUCACAACAUGGAUAUUUAUCAACAGUUCAAUUAUUAUCAUCGAUUAAAGGAGCCAAGUGCAGUACUAGAGCAAUGGAUAAAGCAGCCGAGAAUGGACAUUUAGAUAUUGUCAGAUAUUUACAUCAUAAUCGAAGUGAAGGGUGCACAGUAUAUGCAAUGAAUGCAGCUUCAAUGAAUGGACAUUUUGAAAUUGUUGAAUGGUUAAAUCAUAAUAGGACAGAAGGGUGCCCAACAAAGGCCAUGGAUCAUGCAAAAUCCCUCAAAAUAGUUAAAUACCUUCAUAGAUCUGGCAAAACAUGCACAACUAAAGCGAUGGAUAAUGCAUGUGACUUGGAUAUUGUCAAAUUCCUUGAUGAAAAUCGCUCUGAAGGAUGUUCCGAACAAGCUAUUGUAUUCGCAUGUUCAUCUGGUAAUGCUGAAUUGAUAAUGUCACUCGAGCAAACAUGUACGACUGAUGGUUUAGGGUUGGAUUGUGCAGUAGAAUUGGAUCGAAUAGAUAUUAUUCAAUACAUGUUUAAAGAAUUCGCAUCGUCUUGGACCAUUGAUGCAAUGCAAAGUGUAUUUGAUUAUGCAGCCGAGAAGAACAAAUUAGAUAUUGUCAAAAAGGAAUGUACUUCCAAAGCUAUGGACCAAGCAGCUUUUAGAGGUAAUCUUGAGGUCGUCAAAUUUUUACAUUUUAAUCGUAGUGAGGGAUGUACCACCAAAGCCAUUGAUAUUGCAUCAUCGACAGGUCACCUCGAUGUAAUCGAGGGAUUUUCUACACUUGAAUCGUACCGAGGGAUGCACAAUUAA